AUGCCAGAGGACGGCGCGCCGAUGCACGUGCUGCGGCGCGUCCUCGACGGGCUGCAGUGCCUGCACCCGCGCCGCCGCCGGCGGCACGGAGGCGCGGGGACGCCCAAGCAGGCGCGCAUCGCCGUGCGGCGGUUCGGCACCAGCAAGGCCACGCCGUGCGACGCCGACGGCGGCGGCGUGGGAGGAGGGCGGGAGGUGACGAUCCGCGUGGCGACGUUCAACGCGGCCAUGUUCUCCAUGGCGCCCGCGGUGUCCGGCGAGGCGGCGGCACCGGCACCGACGGCGGGGGCGGGCGCCGGGCUCCCCGGCAGCCCGCGGCGGCCGCCCAAGGGCAUCCUGAAGGCGCAGGCGGCGGCGAGCCUGGCGCGGUCGCCGAGCAAGGCGCGCGUGUCCAUCAACCUCCAGGACAACGAGAUCUCCCUGGAGCGGACCCGGCUGUGGCGCGGCGGCGGCGCCAACGCCAAGAGGCAGCAGCAGCAGCAGCCGCCGGUCGCGGCGUCAUCCGCGACGCGGCCUCGGCGGCGGAGCGUGGAGGAGGUGCUGCGCGAGGCCGGCGCCGACAUCAUCGGGCUGCAGAACGUGCGCGCCGAGGAGGAGCGUGGGAUGCGGCCGCUGUCGGAGCUGGCGGAGGGGCUGGGCAUGCGCUACGUGUUCGCCGAGAGCUGGGCGCCCGAGUACGGCAACGCCGUGCUCUCCCGCUGGCCCAUCAAGCGCUGGAAGGCGCACCGCGUCGCCGACCAAUCCGACUUCCGGAACGUGCUGCGCGCCACGAUUGAGGUGCCGGACGCCGGCGAGGUGAACUUCCACUGCACGCACCUGGACCACCUGGACGAGAAGUGGAGGAUGAAGCAGGUGGACGCCAUCAUCCGCUCCGGCGACGGCCCGCACAUCCUCGCCGGCGGCCUCAACGCGCUCGACGGCACCGACUACUCCGCCGACCGAUGGGCCGACAUCGUCAAGUACUACGAGGAGAUCGGCAAGCCGACGCCCAAGGUGGAGGUGAUGCAGUACCUCAAGGCGAAGCAGUACGUCGACGCCAAGGACUUCGCCGGAGAAUGCGAGGCGGUGGUGGUCGUGGCCAAAGGACAAGAUGUGCAGGGGACGUGCAAGUACGGCACGAGGGUGGACUACAUCCUGGCGUCGCCCAACUCCCCCUACAAGUUCGUGCCUGGAUCCUACACGGUCGUCUCCUCCAAAGGGACAUCGGAUCAUCACAUCGUUCGGGUCGACGUCGCCAUACCUCAGAUCAGAGAACCUGAUGCCGAGACCACCGCGAAGGGGAAACGCAGAGUAGUCAAGAUGAACAAGAAGAGCUCAAGAAAGGGGAUAUGGGGAGGAACUAAAUGA